GGCCCGCCCGCCCCCCAAAUACACGGUGCAGAAAGGACAGAAACCCGAUCGCCAUCACAUGGAUGGCCACCCCCGAUCCGAUCUCCCCAACAUUUCCUCCCAUGACCGACCCUGCCCCUCAUCCCCCAUCCCAGCCUCUUCUUCUCCUGCUCGCUACCCUCAUCACCUCCUUCCUUCAUCGUUUCCUCGUAAUUCUAAUCUUUGAUCUAAACCCUAUUUCUACCACACCCAAUUUUGUAGUGUUAGUAGCAGGUAUAGGUAGAUGGCCACCGCUGCCGCCACCGGCAUCCACCUGCAUGAUCUGCCGGAGCCAAUCCUGACGCACAUCUUCUCGCUGGUGUGCGACGUCCGCAGCCGCAACGCCAUGUCGCUCGCCUGCCGCCGGUGGCGCACCCUGGAGCGGACCACGCGCACGUCCCUCGUCCUCCGCGGCCACGUCCGCUCCCCCUUUCUCCUCCCCACCUGCUUCCCCGCCGUUGCUCACCUCGACCUCUCCCUUCUCUCGCCCUGGGGCCACCAUCCCUUCCUCCUUCACCACCAGCAGCCCCCUCCACCGCCGCCGCCGCCGCAAUUCUAUCACCACAACCUCGCCGAGCAGGCCGUCCUUGUCGCCGCCCGCCUCGCCCAGACCUUCCCCCGCGUCUCCUCCCUCGCCAUCUACGCUCGCGAUCCCUCCGUCGUGGCCGCCCUCGCCCCGCUCUGGCCGGGCCUCCGCGCCGUGCGGCUCGUCCGCUGGCACCAGCGGCCCCCCGCCCUCCCCGUCGGCGCCGACCUUGCCCCGUUGCUCGCCGCCUGCCCUGCCUUGUCCACUCUCGAUCUCUCCCAGUUCUACUGCUGGACGGAGGACGUUCCUCAGGCCCUUCAGGACCAUCCCGUCGCCGCCGCCUCUCUCACCCGCCUCGACCUCCUCUGCCCGGCCUCCACAGAGGGUUUCUGCUCUUCCAAGCUGGCUGAUAUAGUUGCUGCCUGCCCCAACCUAACCCAUCUUCUGGUCCCUUGCGUGUUCAACCCCCGGUGCAUCGAGUUCGUCGGCGACGACGCCCUACUCAUGCUCGCCACCGGCUGCCCUCGUCUCUCCCUUCUCCACCUCGUCGAUCCUUCCACCCUCUCGCCCGCCCGCAGCGACUCCGAAGCCAAGGAAGACGCUGCGGUGACGGGCCCGGGCCUCGAGGAGCUCUUUGCCAAGCUUCCGCAGCUGGAGGAUCUCGCUCUCGAUCUCUGCCACAACGUCAGAGACGCCGGGCCUUCAUUGGAAAUGUUGAGCUACAAGUGCCCCAAGAUCAAGUCGCUCAAGCUGGGGCAGUUCCACGGCGUCUGUAAGGGCGCUUGGCUGCACUUGGAUGGCGUCUCCGUCUGCGGCCGCCUGGAGUCGCUGUGCAUCAAGAAUUCGGCUGAUCUGUUCGACUCCGGCCUCGUGACAAUUGCCCGUGGAUGCAGGAGGCUAUCCAGGUUAGAGAUACACGGAUGCCACAAGGUUACGGAGGCCGGGAUAAGGAAACUCUCGAGCAUCCUUCGAUCCACGCUGGUGGAUAUCGCGAUCUCCGGCUGCCAGCUUCUGGAUGCCGCAAGGUCGCUGCGCGCGCUGGAACCGAUCCGCGACCGGAUCGAGCGCCUUCACAUCGACUGCAUCUGGGUGCUUCCCGAGCUGGAUCAACUUCCCCAGACGCCAGAGAAGACGGCCGACGACUCGGAUGUCGAUCAGGUGGAUGAGGAAAUGUCCGACGAGUCAAGAAACAAGAAAAGUAGGCACUCGGACGGCAAUGACGGCAGCAACGAGAGCAGCAGCUUCUGGUUUCGGACAUGGGCGAAUCUCCGGUGCCUCUCGCUCUGGGUUCCCGCGGGCGAGGUGCUAACGCCGUUGGGGGACGCAGGGCUGGAGAGCUGUCCGCAGCUGGAAGGUAUCAGCAUCAAGGUGGAGGGUGAUUGCAGGACGUGCCCGAGACCGAGGCAGAGAGUGUUCGGAUUGAGCUUCCUCGCUCGCUACCCUCGCCUGGUGAAGAUGAAGCUGGACUGCGGGGAGGCGAUCGGAUACGCCCUGACUGCGCCCACGGGCCACAUGGACCUGAGCUUGUGGGAGAGGUUUUACCUUCAUGGAAUAAGUGAUCUGAGGCUUUACGAGCUCGACUACUGGCCGCCCCAAGACAAGGAGGUGAACCAGAGAAGCCUGUCGCUUCCGGCGACCGGACUGAUCCAAGAGUGCCUCAGCUUGAGGAAACUGUUCAUCCAUGGCACCACCCACGAGCACUUCAUGAGGUUCUUUCUCAUGAUGCCGGUGUUGCGGGAUGUGCAGCUCAGGGAAGACUAUUAUCCGGCACCGGAGAAUGAUAUGAGCACUGAGAUGAGGGUAGACUCGUGCAGUCGCUUCGAGGAGGCCUUGAACAGCCGUCUAAUUCCCGAUUGAUUAGAACACGAGACGAGGAAGGCGACAGGUUCACGUUGACUUACGCCCCUUUUCGAUUUCAUGCAUGGACGUACGUGUGUACAGGUGCAGAGAUGGACUGUAGUGUUGAAGUCCAUGAGGGGAUCGGAUGAAAAUUUUCGUGUUAUGCUUUUGGAGUAAUCAGAAGAUGCAGUAAUAAUUAGCCAAAACACAAAAAGAACUUGCAGAAUCUUUCUUAUGGUUUUCA